GCAAGGAGAAAAUGCCGGCGGGCCCCCUCUGUGUUGGCUCCCAACAUACAGAUGUUGUGCAUACUUUAACCAAAACAUCUGGACAGCUGCCUGAUGUGGGGAUGCUUUACCAAUCUGAGCCAACACAGACAGAUCUUGAGGGUUUGCAAAACACCUUUCCAACAUCUCCUAACUAGAGCCUCUCAACAACCCUCUGAGCUCUCCAGCUUUUCUCAUACAGGUCUUUCUGUGCUUUUCCCUGAGAAGAUGAAGUGCCCAGGGAUUCCUCCCAUAUGGGUCACUAGCCUUGGGCUUCUCCUCGUGAUGGCCACUCUCCCAACUGGAACUGGUCAAGAACGGAAAGAACCAGGAGAUUUUGUGAAGCAGGACAUUGGCGGGCUGUCUCCAAAGCAUGGGUCAGAUAUUCUGGAUGACAGUACUGACAACAUCACCAUCUUCACCAGGAUCCUGGACCGCCUGUUGGAUGGUUAUGACAACCGGCUAAGACCUGGGCUUGGAGACACUGUCACUGAAGUCAAGACGGACAUCUACGUGACCAGUUUUGGCCCUGUCUCUGACACAGACAUGGAGUAUACCAUUGAUGUGUUCUUCCGGCAGACCUGGCAUGACGAGCGUCUCAAAUUUGAUGGGCCCAUGAAGAUCCUCCCACUCAACAAUCUCCUGGCCAGUAAGAUCUGGACACCAGAUACCUUCUUCCACAACGGCAAGAAAUCUGUGGCCCAUAACAUGACCACACCCAAUAAGCUACUGAGGCUGGUGGAUAAUGGGACACUUCUCUACACAAUGAGGUUGACCAUUCAUGCUGAAUGUCCCAUGCACUUGGAAGACUUCCCCAUGGAUGUGCAUGCCUGCCCACUGAAGUUUGGAAGCUAUGCCUACACAAAGGCUGAAGUGAUCUAUUCCUGGACUCUUGGAAAAAACAAAUCUGUGGAAGUGGCACAGGAUGGCUCUCGCCUGAACCAGUAUGACCUGUUGGGCCAUGUUGUCGGAACCGAGAUCAUCAGAUCUAGUACAGGAGAAUAUGUCGUCAUGACAACAUACUUCCACCUUAAACGCAAGAUUGGUUACUUUGUGAUACAGACCUAUCUACCUUGCAUCAUGACUGUCAUCCUGUCCCAGGUUUCUUUCUGGCUUAACCGGGAGUCUGUUCCUGCCCGUACAGUCUUUGGGGUCACCACCGUCCUCACCAUGACCACCCUGAGCAUCAGCGCCAGAAACUCUUUACCUAAGGUGGCGUACGCGACGGCCAUGGACUGGUUCAUAGCCGUCUGUUAUGCCUUUGUGUUUUCUGCGCUGAUUGAAUUUGCCACUGUCAACUACUUCACCAAACGGAGCUGGGCUUGGGAUGGCAAGAAGGUGAUAGAGUCUCAGGAACAGAAGAAAAAAGAGCCGAUGACCUUGGCCAAGAAAGCAAACAACACCUACAACAUCGUGGGCACCACCUAUGCUCUCAACAUUGCCAAGGACCCUGGACUCUCCACCAUCUCCAAGAGUGCUGCAGCCAGUGCUACGGCAUCGGGGGCAGCUGUCUCCCCACCCAAGACACCCCACGUGGUAGAGAGUCCCCCUGAAACCAAGAAGACCUACAACAGUGUCAGCAAGGUGGACAAGAUCUCCCGCAUCAUCUUUCCCGUGCUCUUUGCCAUCUUUAAUCUGGUCUACUGGGCCACAUAUGUCAACCGGGAGUCAGCCAUCAAGGGCAUGAUCCGGAAACAGUAAAGCCACAGCUCCACACACUUCAUUGCCAAGAAGCGUCCCAGGAGACAAUGCCGACGGGUCUGCUCUCAUUUCCUUCAUCUCAUAAAGGCUUUGCUUUAGAACAUCGGCCAAGUUGUUUGGCUCACUUUGGGCUGUCAACUUCAAGAAAUGUCAAUAAGGAAACAUGCCUCUAACAUUGGGAGUCUGCCCUCCAUCAGGACCAUUUGCUUCUACCAGUUUUGGUUCACCAGCUUCCCCAUCCAGCCUACUCCCCUCAGCCCUGCCAAUCUUCAAAAGAAAGCCAGUGUGUGCAUCCCCAUUAUUCCUCGCUAACAUCCUAAAGUGUACAUACCUCUGUGAGUACCCUCCCCCAAGCCCACUCCCCAUGGAGUACUUUGGCUGGUCUUGGUAGUACAAAGUGAUGAGGCAGCACUUGGUGGUCUAGGCCAGACUCAUCAGCCUCAUGGGUGUAUUUAUCUGAGAUUCCAUAAUGAGGAUGAACAACGGCUGGAUUCCCAUACUCUCUCAUCUCCUGUUCCUUCUUCUCAAGACUCCCUUCAUGCCACAACGGUCAUUGUAGGCUACCAGAGCUCCUGGAUUAUGGGAAAAGGGGGGCAAGAGUGUCUGAGAAACAGUAGCACCCGUUUGUGGGGGCCCUGGCCAUGCCCACUUGUUUUCCUGGCCACACCAUCUCACCCUGACUGCCCUUAAAUAUGGCCUUUGUGGAGAGAAGUGACUGACUGCAGCUGGCUGUCCUUGCCCUUCUGCAUGCCCUCAAGAAGCACACUGGACACUUCUAGGAAGACAGUGAUCUCCCUGGGAGCACUGCUAAGAUCCUGAACCUGUCUGGAGGCACUGCUUUGGCUGGUCUUGUUGGCUCCUACAAAUAUUUUUGUUUCCUCCCCUAAUUCUCUCCUACAAAUUCUUGAGCAAAAGAAUAAAGUAUAUUUUUUUCAAGAGGAAAAGAAAACCAAGAAAACCACCAAGCAAAAGACUCUCUCCCAAGACAAAAGAAAUUCAAAACAAUCUCUAGCAAGUCAGGGAGCCAGAAACUCAGGGUGGGGUGAGGUGGCAAUCGGAUGGAUGGGGAGGGCUCUGAAAGGUUCCCUUCUGCCUUGGGUAGCUAAAGCCUCAAUGCUCUCAUCCAAUACGUCCAUGACCCAGGUUCUCUGUAGAGACAGGGGGCCAGAAGCCAAGGGGCCUUGUGUAAUUUGGAAGGCUUUUCUUGGCAGAGGGCAACCAGCUGGAGGGACAGGCCUCCCCAGAGUUCUGUCUCAGGUUGCUGAAGGCUCCACCUUCUCUAGUUUCUCCAGCCCAUUCCCACCAAAUCAAACUGCCUGCCAAGAUAAGAAGCCUGCUUGCUGUCCCAACUUGUCAAAGGCUCAACCUUCUCUCUAGCCAGCAGCACCCACUCAGACUCCGAGAGGACAAGAAGCCAGAAGCCAAGGGGCCUGUUGACAGCUGGGGAGAAUCUCUGUGGAGAUGGAUCCAUCAAAUGGAUGAACAGGAUGACUCAACCUUUUCCACAGCUGUCCCAGUUCCCCAUGCUGAGGGUCUCUGGUCUUCAGUACACUGAACCUCCUGACUCAGGCAUCGUCAUCAAGGCAGCCCCCAAAUGAAGCCUCCCCCUAAGGCCCCUCAUUUUGCUUCAUUGCUCUUAAAUGAAUAGUCUGCAUUUUCUUUAGACUGGGAGGUCCCAGAAUGCAAUUUCUGAGUUCUGGCUGUCUUUUUCUUCCUUGUCCUCCCCAUCCCUUGCCCCUCAACCCCAGGAUCCUGGGAUCCCCCAGAUGAAAAACUGACUUUUACUUUUCCCCAACUUAUGGCAUCACGAAGGCCAGAAAUCCCAAUAGGAAUAAAAGACUGGUAGGGACAGAAGGGAACCCCGACAAACUGGGGUGUUCAGUGGGAGAUGGAAUGAGAAUAAAAAGUCUGCUUGAAAGCCUACCUAGAGGCCAAUCCCUCCCACACUGAUUUGGGAUGGACUCAGGGCCUCUAUUUCAGCCACCCCUCUCUGCCUUCCUCUUUCUGACCAAAUUGGGGACAAUUUCUUCCUUUCUUCCCGGCCCCUGGCACCCCACUUCUCUCCAGUGAAGCCUAUCAGCCUAGGACACCUUCUCCCCAUUGCAAUCUCAAGGUCUUUCUCCAAAUGAGCAGUCACCUGCCCUGCAUGACUGGCUGGGAUGUGACCUUUUCAUUCCCUCCACAUUUAUCAUAGAGGGUCAGAGCCUCACUUGGUUAAAUGCCAUCGUCAUGCAUCUUGUGCAUACUGAUGUGUCCGCAGCCUGCAGGAGACAAGAUCCACCUGGAUUUCAAGGGAAUGUAGGACUCGGAGUGGGAAAAAGCACGAGGGACAAAUGUAUGCAAGAGGAGGGAGGAAUUCUAGGUGGGCAGGAAGAAAACCAGCCUUUCUAUUCUCUCUCAAACCUCAAUAAAAUGAGGAAAGGGGGACUAAUGGAAGGCCCUACCUGGAUAUUCCAAUCUUAAGCAGAGCCAUCCAGGGAAGCCCAUUGCUAUCCUCUUCCCUCCCUGAGUCCUCUUAUCACUAAUUCUACCACUGGCUCCAUGGAGUUUUCAGGAUUAGAGAAUCUUUUGCUUUUAGAUCAGGAAUAAGUUGUCGGUCCACUUUAAGAGGUGCCACUGCUUGUGGCUAAGGAAGAGAAGAUGGUUUUGGCAAGAUACAGAAUUCAGAUAAUGGCCAGAAAAUUCUAGGAGGAGAGGAAAGACUGAAAAAGGAGGAGAGGGCAGGCACAUAUAUGUGUAUCUACCUAAAGAAACAGUGGUUAGGGUUCUCAUCCAACCGAUGGGACAUUGAUGCCUUAGAUUCCCAUUGAUAUUUCUGUUAAUAUGGCUGAUUAUUUGAAAAGACUAAUUUGACAAGCAUAUCUUAAGAACUUAUUGUGGCAAGUACUGUGCUAGGUAGAAGGGAUACAUAACCCAAUACAAACAUAGGAAGAGGCUCUGCUUGGCCAAGACCGCCGGGGGCUAUGGAAGGUUUUUAAUUGAGUAUCAGAACAAGGAACCAGGCCCAGCCAAUAUACUCUUUGGUACCCAGAAAUCUGGAAAAACAGUGUUAACUCAAGGUUAAGGUCUUACUUAAUCUAACCCAUAAUCAAGGCAUAAGGCCUUCCUUGAACUAACAAAUGAUUAUCCUUCCCAAUAGAAUUGUAAACAAAGCUGUGAGUCCUAUAUUCUGUCUUAAUGGUUCUUCCCAGCAGGGAACUUUAUUCUUAGUUGCAACAUAUGUAUGCGGUGUAUAUGUGUGUGUGUCACAUGCACACCUUCAGAGGCUAAUGUUCUCAAUAGGGUAGACCCCAUGGAAAAUCAGAAUUUCUUUUUGUAGUUGGUUGUGAAGGAUAGCCACUUGCUAGUUUAAGACAGAUCCUGGUUAAUAGGAAAUGUUUCCAAGUUCAAAGAGAUUGUUAUUUACCAUAAACACUUUAAUGAAAGAAGUUCAAAAGAACCAAUGUUAGAGUUGAGACGAACAUGUAAACAGGAAUUUCUGUAAUGGAUUGGUUAAUUGGCCAUCUCUGUUGGAGACAGCCCAAGUAGCUUUAGCCAGGCUACCCAAAUGUACAUAGGAUUAGCAUGGAACUAGAUAUAUACAAGUAGACAAAGAUGUAUAUUUGUGUAUUUCCUUAGUAUAGAUGCAGACCCCAGCAACUGACUUGGGUCAGCAAGGGUUUUCUGUCAUAUAUUCAUUUGUGAAGAGAGGCUGGGGGAAGGGGGGGGGAACAAGUGAGUAUUAAAGGAGGAUAUCAAGUUUUCUGAUGUGAAUAUGGAUUAUGAACACAUUUUCCUAGUGGGAGUUGUUUGGAACCACUUCAGUCACCUCCUCUGUCAUCCCUGCCAUCACUAGGAUUAUUGCGAUUGCUCUUAGGGACAUUAAUAUCUGAGAUUCUUGAGCUUUGUGUUUCUGAAGAGCUCAGAACAAUUACCCAUGCCUCAUUUCCCCUCACCCUCUCAGAGGGAACAAUGAAGCAAGGUGUGGAAGAGGGCUAAAUACCAUUCCUUCCACUUGAGAGGUAGAGAAACUGAGGUGUCAGAAGGUCAAUUGACUUGCUCCAGAUAAAUGAGAUAUCGUUUGAUCCUUUUUUCUCCUUAGACUUUCCUUAUUUUUUUCUUCAUCCCUUUCUUCAGCUUCUUCAAAGUCUGAGGCUUUCCCCUGCUCGGUCUAGGCACCUUCCUUACCAUAUUGCCUCUUGGUCACUGUGGCACGAUAAAGCAUGCCUCUUCUUCUCCCUCAGGGCUGUUCCUAAGCCGAUUUCCAUAGCUGGGUCCAACCUUCUCUCACUCAUGUAUGCUUAGAGUUCUCUCAUCUUGGCUUGUUCUUUAAGAACUCCCCGCAGGAGAAAGUCUAUUCUGGAGCUUCUCAGACAAUGCUAUAUGGCCAUCUCAUUGAGUUCAGGAGCCAAUUUCUCUCCUUAGCCAUGGAAACUUCCUAGAUUCCAAUUACCCAUGCUGGUUGUGUCUCCUCCCACCCCCCACACCUGCAUGGGCAAACUCUGGUGUGUCCAGACCUAAUUCAGGACAUUCUGCCCCUUUUUGUCAGCUCGGCUCCCCAAAUUGUGCAUGCAAAUUUUUUUUUGGCAAACACAGUUCUGCUGUGAGAAGUGUGCUUUGGAAACUGCCAUUUACAAAAUUUUCUGUGUGUGGCACUGGGGGGCAAAGCCGACAGCAGUGGCCAUGCUGAGGCUUUUUAUUGAUUAAUCAAAGACCCGGUUAUUCUCAGAGAUGCUGAGUGACCCCAGGGUUCAGGUCUUGGAAUUGUUCUCAGAACAGUUUGUCCAGUAGGAUGAGCUUCACAAGACUCAGACGCUAAAGAUGGUGCUGGCUUCAAUGACAUGGGAGCCACUGGAAAGCCUGGCUGAACAGCUCCUCCUCACUGAGGUCCCUUCCUCAUUCCUAACAACAGCAUGCCCUGCCCUUCAAUAAGGGCUCCCCCCUUCCCCUCCACUAGGCUAGGAUUUUGGCUUCCAAACUGUGAGAGCCACUGUUAGGCAACAUCCCCACCUUGAAAUGGAGAAGGCAACCUGAGCAAUCUCUGUUCCCUGGCCACAGGUAAUCAGACCACCCCCCAUUUUAGUCACCCUUCCCCUUUCUUUUCAUAGUCAACACCCUGCCUGGUUGGGUCUCUAGCCUCAGCAGCCCUCAGCAGUCACAUCCUUCUCCCCACCUUCAAUCAGUCAAAGCCUGAGCUGACCAGAUUGUCUAUAAGGCAGAAAUUAAUCUUGUCCCCCAGUAGCAGCAGCACAAAAGGAAUGGGGGUUCUCUACUUGGAAAGGAAUAGGCAUAAAGCAGUUAGCAACAGUCUUGAAAGACCAAGCCCUGGUUAGCUGCUAUUAGCCCAUCAGCUAUUCUGGGCAAGUCCAUCUUAUUAAUAUUGGCCUUACUGGACCAAGCUGGUUAGUGUAAACUGAACCCCAAUCUAAAAACACCCUAGGUUCCUUUGCCUUCUUAUAAAUGAAAGAUAAAAGGCAAGGCUAGAUACCCAUAAGAUAGAGCUCUUGCCCAAUCCCCAGGUGAAAGCACUGACCUGGCGACAAUAUGAGAAACUCAGCUUUUCUUUUACCAAUCUACCCAAUGGCUUUGGGUCAUCUACCCGCUGACAACAAAUAGAUGGAUCUCCUAUCAACACUAAUCAACAGAUUGAUGAACUGGGCACUGAGCUGCGACAAAAUGGAAACGGGCCUGACUUGGAGGGAAAUCCCCCAUCCUAUACAGAGAUACCAUGGAAUAGCAUGUGUUUAUUCACAGUUUCACUGUGACCCUUCAUGUCCUGAGCUGUGAUUUGGCAGGCCAAGUAACAGGAUUUGAAAAGAAAAAAAAGCUCACCAAGACAUCUCUUUCAAAAACAAAGAAGUACCAGAUGCACGAGAAGGUCUACACCCUUUUCUGUUCCUCAUCCAGCAUUACCCUAGCAGGACAUGUCUCAGGUGAACAGAGGGUUUUCAAGAUGGUGGCCUUGGCCAUUCUAGCUUGGCAUGCCCACACUGGCCUCCACCCAGGCAUAACAAAAAACAUGCUCCAUGAGGCCAUGGCUAGGACACACACACUUCCCCCAAAUACUCUACGCGUCUGCCUCUGCUAGUUGCCUCCUCUCCUCUUCCUUGCUGUCUAUAUUGUUUGUGUGCCCUUCCCUAUGAAAGAGACCCGGGCCAUCCACAGUGGUAAUGCAUGACAAUCCCAUUAUUCUGAACACUGUGUCUGUGAAGUAAUUAAUGGUUAGAGAAAUGUACACUUUAUGGAAUGGUGGGGGGGGGUAGGGUUAGUUUAUUGAGUGGCUGUUAAUGAUCUUCUUAAAGGAAUUUCUUAUGGAAACUGUGACCUUUUCCGCUCUGUAGAAUUGUGAUUCCCAAUGCUUUUGGUGCAAUGUUUAAUGCCUGUUCAA